AUGGAUUCCAAAUCAUUCACUUGCCGCUGGGCAGCCCUUUCACUCUCGUCCAUUGCAGGUGUUUUCUUCCCCGACAUUCUCCUACCACGAGAGCCAGCGACAGAUAGUUCCACCAUCAAGCACGAGCUCGUAGCUCUGAGCACAACAGGAUCCCGCGAACGAGCACAAACCUGGCUGCAAGAAAAGGAGAUUCCCAGUUCCCAAAAAGUCCAAAUCUAUCAUGAUUGGAAGGAAAUGUUGUCUGCAGGCGACUUUGAUGUCGUGUACAUUUCCACACCACAUCCUCUACAUUACGAGCACGUCAGAUAUGCGCUGAGCAAGAAACGACAUGUGUUGGUGGAGAAGCCUGCGAUGAUGAAUGCGAAGCAGUUUGAGAAAUGUGCGGAAUUGGCGCGGGAGUAUGGCGUGGUUUUGAUGGAGGCUAUGUGGACCCGAUACCUUCCUGCCACGCGCUAUCUCCAAGAUCAGCUUCUUCCUCGCAUCGGGCAAGUGAAGCGGGUGUUUGCGGAUUUCUCGUUUCCCAUUGUGUCGGAGGAUUUGUCGCAUUCCUCGCGUUUUCUGGAUAAAAUGGCCGGCGCGGGCAGCCUGCUCGACCAAGGAGUGUAUGCUCUGACAUGGGCUGAUUUGAGUCUCAAUGGAGGGACUACUACUACUACUGCAAGAACCAGUCGAGUGGACUAUGCCAAUACGAUGAGUGUGCCCGGUGUCGCUGGCGAAGUAGACGAUAUCACCACAGUUAUGUUGACCAAACGGGAUUCCACAACAGACGCCCAAGAGGCCGUGGCCAUAGUGACAACGAGUAUGACCUUGCCAGGCUCGAGCAAGCCUGCCUUCUAUCAACGCCUACAGGCGAAAAAGGCGGCCCCCUCGAUCCGAAUCGAAGCGACGAAAGCAUCGGUCGCGAUACCAUUUCCCCCGAUCAGACCACAACAGCUGCAAGUGCAGUGGUAUGAUUCCGAGCAUCUGGAUGGACAAGGCAUCGAGCAGGAAGAGGUCAUCGACAAGCCAGUAGAGCGCGGGUGGGGAAUGUGGUAUCAAGCAGACGUGAUCGCCCAGACGAUCAUGUCGAGAGAGCGUGGAGCGGCGGGGGAGGUCAUUGGCCUCCAGGAGACAUUGCGUGUUCUCGGGUGGAUGGACGAUGCUCGUCGACAUGCUGGCAUUGUGUACGAUGCUGAACUGGACAGAGUAUGA